CACUUUUUAAUAUAGAGCCAUUAGUGCAGCCAACUAAACCAAACCGUCCCUCUUCCCACACUUUCCAUUUUUCUGCAGGUUCAUAGGUCUCCAGCCCUCUCUCUCCCUCCCUCUCUCCUUCAUGUUCAAGAACACCUGCCAGAGAUCAAAAGUGUCAGCAUCUGAUCAAGAAGGAAAAAUUUAGUUUAGAGAAAAAUGGCAAGUAGUGAAGUUGAGAAGAUCACAGAACCUGUGUCCAUAACACAGGAAGUAGAAGGGGUGAAGAGUUACCUGACACCAGAAGUAGAAGCUGCUGUGGUUAGCUUGGCGAAAUCGGACGAAAUGCUAAAACUUCAGCAUAACUUACCAGACGGGAACAACAGCAGCAUCUCAGAGGUGCCUGAGGAUGAGAGUUUUUUGGAAUCAUCCUCAAGUGGCAUCAAGGUUUCUGGUCAGGAUCCUUGUGAAAAAGAACAGGUAAAUACUAGUCAAGCUGACGAGCCAAUCGCAGCGAAAAGCUGUCAGGUUCAGCAUGAAAGCAUCGAAGAAGCUGGUCUAGAUGCUGUGGUGGAAGAUCGGGUGUCGCCUGGCAUCGAAGCCGCCGAACAGAUCAGCACACCUGAGAUACGUUUAGUGCAGAAUGAAGCUGCAGCUUCAGAAACAUGUUUGGAAAAUGGAAGUCAGGACAAUGAUUUUAGCUCUGGAGUUGAAGGUAAGGAUUUAGAGCCUGAAAAUGAAGAGGCCAACAAAAGCGAAAUGGCUUCAUCAGUGGAAAAUGAAGUGGCUGAAAAAGGAAAUGUAGUUUUGGAGACUGGUCUGCAGGAUGAAGAGAAGCCAGCAGAUCCUGAAGAUGUCAAGGAUGGAGUUUUAGUGCAGGAAAAGAAUUCUAUUGCAACAGAAGCAAAUGAGAUAGCUGAAUGUGCAGAAGAAGCUAGAAUCUCCAAUGAUAAACCUGAUGAAGCAAUGGCAGCGGAAGCUGAAACUAUGGUGGAGAAAACCUUGCACUCAGAGUCUCACGAAGAAGCAAAUGAACAGAAUGAAGCAGCUGUAGAAACUGAGAAGCACAUUGAGAGUGAGUCUAGAGAGUUAGGAGAACCAGCAGUUGCAGAAUUGGUCACAAUGAGUGCUGAAAGUGAAACAGAGACAGAGAAACAAGAACAGGUUGAUGAACCAGAUUCUAAAGAAGGUCUGGAGAUCCAUAAUUAUGGGGCAAGCAAAGAAGUAGUUCAAACAGAAGAAGAAGCAUAUGAUGCAAAGACACCUGAACUGGAAACCAAGAGUAAUCAUGAUGAUACUGUGAACAAAGAAGGGAGCUCCAAGGAAAUUACCACAGUAUCUGAUGAUGACAAAGUAGAAGAGCCUGUCAAAGAAAACACUGUUCAUGACUUGAAAAUUGAUGAUCAGAGUGCUAGAAAAGAAGACAUUGCUACUCCAGUGGAAAGUGACGUGGCAGAGAAGGAAAAUACUGGCGAAAUCGGUGUGCAGGAAGAAGAAAAAACAGCAGACUUUGAUGAUGUCAGAGAUAAUGAAGUUGUUCUGCAAGAAAAGACAGCUAAUGCAACAGAAGCAAAUGAGACAGCUGAAAGUGCAGAAACAAAAAUCUCUGAUGAUAAACCUGAUGAAGCACAGAAAGUGGAAUCUGAAACUGUGGAGAAGAAACCCCUACAUUCAGAGUCUCGAGAGGAAGCAACCUAUCAACAAAAUGAAGCACCUGCAGAAAUUGAAAACCACAUCGGCAGUGAGCCAUCUGCAGAAUUGGUCACAAAGAAUGGUGAAAUAGAUGAUGAGAAACAAGAAGAGAUUGUUCAACCCGAGUCUAGCGAAGCUCCAAAGGUUCAUCAUGAUGCUGAGACAAGCAAAGAAGAAGAGAAAGUUCAGACAAAAGAAGAAACAUCGGAUGCACAGAAAACUGAGCUGGAACCCAUGAGUAAUGAAGAUGAUACUGUAAAGGAGCUAGAAACAAAUCCAACACUUGGUAUUGAUGAGGCACUCGAAAAAACUGCUGCGAGGCGUGAAGACCCGACUAUUCACAUUGUAGAAAAAGAGGUAGAAAUACAGAAAGAAGAGUUCUCUAAGGAAGAUAUGAAGGGAGAUGAUGCAGUUGAUGUUAUAGAAGAGCCUGCCAAAGAAGACACUGCUGAGGAAAUCAAGAUCGAUGACCAUAGUGACAGCAAAGAGAUCAUUGAGGAGACCAAAAGAGUUGAUUCUAGUGUGGAAGAUCCAGAGAAGAAUGAGCAAAGCCCCAAGGUAACAUUAGAGACUCCUCCUCAAGGAGAAAAGGAAGGUCAGGAAGACGACGAGAAGGAGGAACAGAAGACUGAAGGAGUUGAAGAAGAGGAAGUUCCCAAGAAGAAUGAAAGUGUUGAAGCUUCUGAGGAAACAAUUACACUAGGAGUUUCUUCACCAAAUGAUGAGAAAGAAGAGGCUGAAGAGAUCAACAAGGAAACAACUGAAACAGUUGAUGAAUCUUCCCCUCCAACUCAGGAUCAUGAAAGCUGUGACUCAACUGUUCAAACUUCAGUGGAAAAGGAAGAAGUAAGCCGGGAAAGUGAAAACAUUGGUGUGCCAGUUGAAUCAAAUGAAAAGAGUAAAGGGGUGGAAGAAGUUGAAGAGAUAAGCAACAAGGAGACAUCAAACGUGGCAGAGGCAGAACAGUUGGUUAUUCCAGUAUUUUUACCAGAAUCUGAGGGGGAUUCCUCAAGUAAACUGGAUCAUGGUGUUUCCGAAGAGAAGACAGAGAUUUCUGAAGAAGAUGCCAAGGGAGACCUCUCCAAUGAAAUCCAUGCAACAGAUACCAUUGAGCAAACUCCAGUUGAAGACUUGCAGAAAAGUGAAGAAACUGUUGAACACUCAAAUAGAGAGGUAUUGGAAAAAUCUGAAACUGCUGCAGAAGUUGAGAGCGGCAGUACUCCAGAUGAGACAGAACAAAAUGGUGAAGCUGUUGUCGAUGAAACAGCUCCAACUUCAUUGAGUAACCAUGAGAAAGAACAGAAUGCUGAAACCAAAACUGAAGCAGAAUCUUCAGUGGAGCAGCAAAUUGAAGAGCCUGUCAAAGAAGGCAUAGUUGCGGACUUGGGAGUUGAUGAUGCAAGUGCUUGCAAAGAGAUAGAGCAAAAUGAGAAAGCUCCUGAUACAACAUUGGAGACUUCCCAUGAAGGAGAAAAGAUAGAGGGUUUACCAAAUGAGGAAAAGGAGACCGAGAAGGGAGAAUCAAAGAGUGAAACUGAAGAAAAGGAAGUGGAAAAGAGGACUGAACAAGGAGAAACUGUUGAAAGGGCGAUCGAGGUUCCUCAGGUUGAUUCUGAGGCUGCAGUAGUGGCUCAUGAAGGCACUGGAGAACAUAGUAUAUAUGAGACAGAACACAAACCAAGUGUUGAAGCUUCCGAGGACAGCAACAUUAUCGUUACUCCGGAAGCUUCACCAGAAGAUGAUAAGAAAGAAGAUGUUGUGGAAAGUAACAAGGAGACUACUGAAGCAGUUGUUGAGCCUGCAACUGUAACUCAGGAUCAUGGAAGCCUAGAAAGUGAAUCCCUUGGACUGGAACAAGUUGCAGAGAUCAGCAAGGAGGCACCUGAAACUGGAGAAGUGACAGAAGGAGCUGAGGGAAAUUACUCAAGUAAAGCGGAUGAUAAUGUUCAAGAGAAGGUAGAUAUGCCAGAAGAAGAAAGCCAUGCAACAGAAUCUAUUGAGCCAAGUGAAGCUGAAGACAUACAGAAAGCUGAGCUCUCCAGUGAAGCGGUUAGCUUUUGGAAUCCAUCAUAAUUUAAAGUUCAAUAGAAGCUUAUUUGUUGAAACGUAUAGUUUUUUAAUCAGGUUUUGGAACAGUCUGAAACUGCUGCAGAAGUUGAUUGCAGCAGUGCACAUGAGACAGAACAAGACGAUGGAGUUGUCACUGAAAUAGCUUCAACCAUAGAAGUCAAAACCGAGGUACCUGAGACAGAUGAGAUCAUCGAGAAGGAAACACCGAAAGGUGAAGAAGUUGAAAGUGUGCUGCAAGAGGUAAUUCAAAAUAGAAGUGCUGUUUGGCUUGCAUGAGAAAGAACAAGAGACAAGAACUUCAACAGAAGAGAAUCCUGAAGAGCUAGUCACCAAACACAAAAUCACUACAAAGGAUCAAACUACCGAAGCCAGUGUAGAAAUCCAAACUAUAGAUGAUAAGUUACCGGUAGAUGAAAAAGAAGUAUGUGAUGAGGACAAAGAAUUAGAGAAUACCAUGGAAGACAAAGAAGAGUCUACCAAAGAAAUGCCAGAGCUUGUACAGAGUGAAAAUGUGGUCGAACCGGUAUUAGGAGAGGAAGGAGAGAAGGAAGGCGUUACUGAAGAGAAAGAAUCAGUUAAGCCAGAAGCAGCAGAGGCCAUAGAUACAACACAAGAAGGAAAUAUGAUAGAAGAGGUAUGUUAAGGAAGCUUUCUUUCUCUAGUUUUAUGUAUGUUUGGAUACUCCUGAUUCUAUUUGAAAGUAUGAAUGCAGUCUGAGUCAAACAAUCAUUUUUCAGGUGAGAGAAUCCAUCCCCUCAUCAACAGAAUCUGAUAAGGGAACAGACUCCAAUGAACAAAAAGAAGUAGUAGCUGCCAUCAUCCAAUCUUCUCCAACUCUGGACAAAGAUACAUUGGUGGAAGAAACAACAGAAGAUGAGAAUACAAUGGUUGAAGGAACUGAGAAUCCGUUGGUGGAUUGUUCAGCUGCUGCAUCAGUUGAAGAGUCUGAAGAAACAUCGAAGGAGGAAACUAUAGAGGAAGAUCAUGAGGAAAUGAAGCAUAUUGCUGAUGAAUUUUGUGAAUCCAGACUUCCUGCAGCAGGAAUUCUGGAGUCUGCAGCAAUGCAAGAGGAAGAAGUGAAAGGCAACAUGGAAUCGGUAGUUGCAGAGAGCGAGGCUAUCCCAGAGAAGGUAGCAGAGGAGAAACAUGUGGUACAAUCUUCAGAAGUACCUUCCCAUGAAGAUGAUCAUGAGGAAAAGAAGCAGCCUUACGAUGAAGUUUGUGAAUCCAGACUUCCUGCAGCAGGAAUCCUGGAGUCGGCAGCAAUGCAAGAGGAAGAAGUGAAAGGCAAUGUUGAAUCAGUAAUUGAAGAAAGUAAUGCUGUCCAAGAGCAUCUACCAGAGGAGAAUCAAGUGGUGCAAUCUUCAGAAGUCCCUGCCCAUGAAGAUGACUAUGAGACCAUAGCUGUGAUUGAGAAUACAGAAGAAGAGGAAACCAAGAAUGUACUGGUUUCACAACCUGACACUUCACAUGAUCCUUUGGAGCUCCAGACCACAGAAGACACUUCCCUGAAAGAGUUUCAGCCUAGGGAGCUUGAAUCUGAAGCAAGCACAAAGAAUAAGCCUGUUGAAGAACAAACCAAGGAAGCAUCUGAAGGUCUUGAAGCCACAACUGAAGACAAACUAACUGAUGAGAAAUCCAUCAAGGAGGAGAAAGCGGAAGAGCAACAUCAGGAAGAUCCUCCUGCUUUGCUUGCAAAGGAGGAAGAGGAGAAGGAAAGCUCAAUUGAAACUGCGGAAAUGAAGGAUGAGUUGCCUGAAACUGAAGCAGAAACUGAAGGAGAGUCAUGCUCACAGGAUCAGGUGAAAAUCCCAGAAGAUGCAGCGAAAGAAGAAGUUUCUGUUUCAGAUGAGAUGGAUCAAAAGCAAGAAGUUUCAGAUUCCACUGGGAAUGAAGCAAUUGAAGAUGAUGAAGUUCCAGCAGCUCAGGCUCUCCCUGAAGAACCUGAAGUUAUGCAAGAUGAGCCAAAACAAGAAGAAGCAGAAUGUAAGCCAGAAGGGAUUGAAAAGGAAAAUCAGGUGAAAGAAAUCCAGGAGGAUGUCAAUGCUUUUGCAUCUGACAUUUCAGAACAGACCGAAGAAAUUCCAGAAGCAUCUGUAGCAGAAAACACAGCAAAACAAACAGAAGAAGGUGAAGUGGAGGCUCUAGUUGAACAAGAUAAGGUGGAGAAACAAGUUGGGAAGAGUGAUGAUAUUUCAGGAGGUGAAACUAAUGCAGCAACUGAAGAAACUUCUGGUGGAAUAUCAGAAGACAAGUCAAAACAGGUUGAAGACGAGCCUUUAGAGCAGCAAGAGGCUCGAGAGCUGGAUGUUACUACGCAAGUGGAUCCUCAGGUUGAAGAAGAUGUACAGGAAUGCAAUGAAGUACAGAAGGGAGAUGAUGCAGCUGUUGAUACUGAAGAAACAAAGGAAGUUUCUGCAUUGACUACAAUUGCAGGAGAAGCAAUCAGACCUGUAGAGCAAGUUUCAAGGGAGUUUCAAGUCUCUGAGUUGGAGCCCGAAGUUGAAAAGGGCUCACAGGAAAGUGAAGGAUCUGCAAUCACUGAAGAAACUGAAGUAGUUUCUCAGGAAACUAAACCUCUGGAAGAAAAUGAAACUACUCAGCUUGAGAGUUCAUCUGUUGAGAAACCAGAAGAGGAGCAUCCUGAAGUAUUAGAAACAAGCAAGUCCAUAGAAGAAACCUUGAAAGAAUCUAAAGAGGCCAUUGUUGGCCAACAGAAAGAAGGACCAGAAGAGAAAGAAGAAUCUUCUGAGCCUUCCUCCAAUUUUGAGUUCCCAGGCUUUAUACAACCUAAGGAGCUUGAACAACAAGUCACUACAGAAUGCCCAUAUGGAAGUGAAGAAAGCAAAGAAACAGCAGAAACACAGGAAAACACAGUUGAUAUCAGCGCUGUUAUAAAGAAAGAGACUCUGGAAUCUGCAUCAGAAGGUAGUUCCCAGGCGGUCAUCACCAAACCGGUGGAUAAUGCUGAAAAUCAACCAGAGGCAUCCGGAGCUGAGAUGGUUAUCAAGGAAAAGGAGAUUAUCCAGGAGAGCAAACCAGAAAGUGAACAGAAGGCUGAAAGAAUUCCUGAAGAAGAGAUUGAACCUAAAGAAAGCAGAAAUGAUGAGGUCAGCCGUCAGAAGGAGAGCAUUCCAAGUGAAUGUGAUGUGAAGAUUGUUGAAGAGGAAGAAGCAAAAGUGAAAACUGAAGAGGGCAAAGCAGAAGCCACAACUCUGAUCGAUAAGGAACUAGGCAAUGAAAUAUCCCAAAGAGAUCUUCCCGUGGAACUUGUGGAAGAAGCAACUUCUGAGAAGCAGAUUUCAACUGAAGCAAAACCAAGUGCAGGCGAUGAGACAAUCAACCCAGCCAAAGUCUCACUGUUUGACAUGAUGGCAAAAUCCACAAGAGAAAGGAAAGUGGUUCUUGAACCGACAGAAGAGAAAGAACCACAGCCAGCAGUAACAAGAGAUGAGACCAAAGCAGCUGAAGCAGAACCCGAGAAAGCGAAAUCGGACAAUGAGAAGGAAAACGACGAAGAACGCCAAGAAGAGGAACAAGAUGAAGGUGAGGACCAGCAUAAGAACGACUCAGGGUCUGAUGGUAUGGUGAUUGUAGAAGCCAGCAAGGAAACCGAGGUGAAAGUGGUUACUACUCCUCAGAAGAAGUCCCACAACAUACUAUCAGAAGUUGGAUCCAAAGUGAAGCACUCAAUUUCCAAGGUAAGGAAAGUGAUCACAGGCAAGUCUUCUCAUCAAUCAAAGCAGAAAUCUCCUGAGAAAAAUUCACCAAAGUAAAGCAGAAAUGUUCUUGGUAGCUACAUUGGCAAGUUAGAGACCAAAGAUAGUGCAUAUAGGUUUUGUAAUGAGAGGUUCAUUUUCUUCUUCUUCUUUAGAGUGAUUGAUUGAGAUUGAGUGUGGUGUGAGUGUGCAUAUAGGCAUAUUGAUUGUAAAGUUUUCAACUUUAUGAAGAUUUCUAGGUUUGUAUAGAGUCGGCUACAUGGCUGACAAUCUUUAUUUUUCUUUCUAUACUGGUAUGGGUUUGUAAUGGGGAUUGGAAGUUUUAGUCUUUAUGAUCCUGAAUAAUACCCUUUUGCGCAACGUUGGAAGAAAAUCCAUGAAACUGAUC